UAAGAGCGAGAAAGCAUGACCGCGCAUGCUAUUCAUUUGACUUGAAGUUGACGAUUGAAGCCGUCGGCAAAUUGAACAUAAUAAGGUUGCGAAUGCGUAGGUGAGGCCGAAGCCAAGAACGGAACGGUACGCGAAUAACGGACAUUGCCAUUAAAAACCCCGUCACCCACCCACCAUGCUUAUAUCCCACAGAAUCGUCGACAAGGAGUUGCCCUCCCCGAGCACAUUUUUUGUUUACCUUAACUUACUUUGGCUCAUAAAUAAAAUAUUUACAUUACGAAAUUGACGUCUUCGUCGCUCGGUCGCAUUUUCAUGGUUCCUUUUUGGGUUCCUCCAGUGCAUAUUACAUAUUACGAACAGCUUUCACCUCGCUGUAGGCGCGCGUGUGUGUGCGCCUCUUUCUGUGUGUGUGUGUGUGUCGUGUCUCCCGGUGUGCAUUUUGUAGAGCUACGUCCGGGAAAAGCUACAAAACCAACAAACAGUCCGCGACAUGACCUGCAGCAGUCAGUAGAUUGAUUAGUCCAGGAUUCAAUUUGGGGAACGACCCACAAACCGCUUUGAAGUAUUUUAUGCAGAUAUUAAAUUUAAAUGCUUACUUAAGCAGUCGGAAAGACAUCAAAAACGGAUUUUAAUUAACGCAACGAACAAACACCAUAAGAAUAUUUGAAGAUCUUGCUAGUCCGCGUGGCAUGCAACCGUGUAGUCCAUCGGGUGUUGUCGCUAUGAUGCCGCCAUCGAAAAGUCCCAUCAUGGAAACUGCCGCCAGUGAUGGCAACCAAGCUAGCAGCGAUGCCAAGCGCUCGUGUCCACUCAAGUUCUCCAUUGCCAAGAUCAUGGAGCCAGACAACAAGCAGGCAGCGCCGCCCUCUCUUUCCUCGCUGCAACAACAACAACAACAACAACAACAAGAUCAGCUAAAUCAGCAACAGUCUGAGGAACAUGCUCUGCAUGAGGAAGAACCACGUAAUCCGGAUACGUACGCGGAUUCGGAGCGCUCAUGCAGCCCCAUUGAGGUGACAGGCGAUGAGGAGCCGACAGCUAUGACGGCAAUCAACUACGACUCGGCCUUCAAGAAAUAUGUGCCCGGCUCAAGCUUGGGUUCCGCCACAGUUGCCGGCUCAGCUUCGGCCAGCGCAGUGCAGCAGUUUGUCAGCACGCGGCAUCAGGAACUGCUGUCGCAGUAUCCCUUGCUCUACUAUGCGCCCAACCAGCUGAUGUGUGCCGCCGCCGCCGCCCAAUACGCGGCUCUGACUGCCCAGCAGCAGACGCUGGCCAGCGCGGCGCACAUUAGUAGCUUCACAGCCUCCCUUAACGCCACGCUGCAUCAUUCGCAGACGCUGCGUCGCAACUUGGGUCAUCCACUGGCGGCAGCUGCCGCUGCUGCUGCAGUGGCUCAGUCUCAGUCUCAACAACAGCCAUUGGCACCGCAGCAGAGCCUGGAGAAGUCUCCUAUCCGGGCUCCACAUGUGCCCCAGCAUGCCAGCCUGAAGCGCAAGCGCUCGCCCCAAGGCGAUGUAACAACGCCGCCAUUGACAUUGCCGUUGCCGUUGCCGCCGCCAGUUGGAACAUCGUCGCAUUUGUCGGUUGCACGGUCGCGGUCGCCGUCGCCGCACGGCUCGAUGGAGGACAGCAGCCCGGGCUCGGCCAAUGGGGGCAAGCCGAAGACCUUCUCGUGCUUGGAGUGCGGCAAGGUUUUCAAUGCGCACUACAACCUAACACGGCAUAUGCCGGUGCAUACGGGCGCCCGGCCGUUUGUGUGCAAGGUGUGCGGCAAGGGUUUUCGGCAGGCGUCGACCCUGUGUCGCCACAAGAUCAUACACACCUCGGAGAAGCCGCACAAGUGCCAGACGUGCGGCAAGGCCUUUAAUCGCAGCUCCACGCUGAACACACACGCUCGCAUCCAUGCCGGCUAUAAGCCGUUUGUGUGCGAGUACUGCGGCAAGGGAUUCCACCAGAAGGGCAACUACAAGAACCACAAGCUGACCCACAGCGGCGAGAAGGCGUACAAGUGCAACAUCUGCAACAAGGCGUUCCACCAGAUCUACAAUCUCACCUUCCACAUGCACACACACAACGACAAAAAACCGUACACGUGCCGGGUCUGCGCCAAAGGAUUUUGCCGCAACUUCGACCUGAAGAAGCACAUGCGCAAGCUGCAUGAGCUCGGCGGAGAUGGUCUCGACGAUGAUCUGCCGCCGGCCUAUGAGCGCCGCCGUGAGUACACCAGACGCGAGCCGCUCUCCAACUACAGCCAGGCCAGCCAGUUGACGCCGGACUCCUCCUCCGGCAGCCUGUCGCCGCCCAUCAAUGUUACCACCCCGCCACUGUCCAGCGGUGAGGCCAGCAACUCGGCCUGGACGCGAACAGCCUACCAAGAGUCGUCGGCGGCCAACGCGGCCAGCAGCCACUUUCAUCAUCAUCUGCAGGCGCCGCCUGGCGGCUUGCACGGCGAUUACCCAGGCAGCUCCCCGUUCCUGCAGCUGGCUCAUCCCGCGCAACAGCAGCAGCACCAGCAACAACGCCUCACAGCUGCUGCCCUCGAGAAUGUGCCCUUCAUAGCCAAGGUAUUUUGACAGAGAUACUAUGCGGAAAACCUUGCCAGUUGCACGGCAACGGUAACGGCAUCGUCAUCAGCAUCAGCAUCAGCGCCGGCAGCGGCGGCGGCGGCGGUGGUCACGAGUUCUUUGUCCAAAACAAUGCCAACGGCAACCAAGUCCGGCACAAGCUUGAGCAGCGAUCUGCUGAUCGAUUGACUGCAGCUCGUGUCGGCAGCGGCAGGUGCCACAGUCCCACAGGAAGGUGCCACGUGUGGCCAGGGGGAAGCACGUGAUGCCGCCUCGCCGGAGCUCAGCUGCACGACUCUGGGCAAUGCUGUGCGUGCGCUAAAUGGUCUCUUCUGAAUGCGUCCCCGGAAUUUGUCUGCCCCACCAAAUGGUUUCAACACAACCUGUGCAAUAUUCAAUAUACAAUCCCUCACUCAAAAAUGAAAAAGAAUGUCGAGCUAUCUAUGCAGCACAUAGGCUAGGAAAAUAGUAUGUGUGAUUUUAAGAGCAAAUUAAUGUCGAUUUUAUUUAUACAAUUGAAAAUAAGUAACUUAAUUGUUUGUUGACAAGAUGCACUCUCAAGUCAUACGCGUAUCUUGCCUCAAUCUAAUUAAUAAGUGUGUAUUAAAGUUAGUUAGUACGAAAUGCAGCCCGGACCGAUUCCCGAUUCCCCGGGCGUCGUUCAUAUAGGAAAUUAAAUCUGCAUGUCGAAUUGUAAAUGUAUCAUUAAGUUCAAGGAUUCAAAAAUAAAAAUAUAAACAACAACUAAACAUACAAAUAUCAGCAUCAUACUAAGUAUAUGUAUAUUUAUGUAUUUAUGGAUUGGUUGAAAUGGAAUCAAAUUUUAUCGAGAUCAUUGAAAUUGUUUAGAACUUAAGUGAAAUUAUUGAUCAUGUUUAAGCAAUAAAUCAAUUCUUCAAUAUAA